CUGUGUUUAUUAUUAUUCGGUGAAUCCAGAGCAAAAACAUCUAAAUCUUCUAAUAAAAGUGCAAAAAUACAAAAUAACACUUGAUCUGCAUUUGUCCUUUUAUGAGACCUCAAACUAAGCUGAUACGACAGUAAAGAGCUCCAGUCAAAUCGGAAUACUUCGCAAAAUACUCUUUGCAAAACCCAGGAACCUGUGGAAUGAACAUACUGCCUUUGCUUACUCCAAACUUUUAUAGGCUGCACAAUUAAAAUGUCUGAUAGCUUAAUUGUUUGCGUUUGCGACUAUUGGCAGCGCUGUCACUUCCUUAACCGUCCAAGAAGAGAAGCCGGUGGCUCGUGUCCAAAACCCAAAUCCCUGAAAAGACUGAGCAUUCAGGUGGACGCCAUCAAUGGGAACUACUACCUGCGUGAACUUCUUGAGCAAAAAGAGCUGGCGAGAGGACUCCAAAGUAAACAUGGCGUUCAGUUAGUUUGGCUGACCCUUGAGCCGCCGGAAAAGGAAACCGUGGACUACCGAUUCGCGGACAUCCUCGCACACACUUUGUGGGAACACAUCGAGGUGGAGCACCUCAUGUCCUGGCUCUCCACAUUAGGAGGUGGAUUCUCUGCCCUUGGCGAGCAGUUCGAGCGAUGUGCGGAAACGGCCGGCAAGAUAUCACUGCAGCAGCUGAAGAUUGGCCUGCGACUCGGAGAUCCCUUCCUUCAGUCGCGGUGCAAGCUGUACUUCAGUAUUUCGCUAAUCCAGCGGGGUCAACUACGCACGGCGAAACACCUGAUCCGGGAGCAGUACGCCUUCGCGAGGAGAAACGAAGAGAAGGAUGUCCGCUUGGUGCGGAUGUGCCUGGGCAUUUGGCAGCGACUUAGCUAUGAGUACGAGCAGCGGCGAAUGCGGAAAAAGGGCAACUAAGACCACCCAAUUUUGCUAAUAAAAUUAUGUAAAAUUGUAGAUUAAAUGGGAAGGAGAUAAGAGGGCCCUGGUGUUCCUUUCGAUUAUUCCAACUGUGACUUGUAGGUAAAGAGAAUUGUUUUCAAUAUAUUUAUUUAAUAUGUAAUUGUA